GGCGCCCGCAGGACAGCAUCCUGCAUGCGGGCGACGGGAGCUCCGUGCAGGUGCGGGUCUGCGGGCUCCACGGGUGCAGCCCGGGCCAGGGCCAGACGCUGCUCGAGGUGAGCGCCCCGCUGGAGGCCGCGUUCGCGGAGGCGCAGGCCGCGGGCCUCGUGCCCUUCGUCCUCGCGGACGAGUCCUGCGAGGAAUCCGUGCUGAAGUGCUUCAGACUGUCUGGGAGCCACCCCGACCGGUGCGUGAGCCUGCGGGAGGCGUCGGUGGCGAGGCGGAGGAAGCGCGACUUUAACCGCCUGUUCUACGACGCCAUCCAGGCUUCUCUCCGGAGUGGCUCGCGCUUCGUGAUGGUGCUUGAGGACGACGACGGGGGCAUCGACGCCACCGACGUAGAGGGGUGGUCAGCCCGCACGUCCUCGCGGGGUGCGCCUUCCAAUGUGGUGCCGGAGGAGUGGAAGAUCCCCAGCUUUUUCGACCCGGACGCCUUCCCCAUCGACGUUUUCCGUCCACAGUCGUUCAACGGCCGCAACUUGGCGAAGCUCUUCCUGCCAGAGGAGGUGAAGAACGAGCAGGAUCGGGCGCUGAGGCUGCUGUCGCCUGGCCCCGAGGCCCCGCGCCCAGACACAGGCGAGCGGCCGAAGACGGAGGAGACCGCUCCGCCGAAGGCGAAGGCGAAGGCGGAGGCGAAGGGCCGGAACUCCACGAUCCCCAGCACGGACCCCGCUGGGGACCUCGAGGCCAGGCUCAAGGCGGCGGCGGAGGAGAAGGCAGCCGCGGAGGUCGCCGCCAGGGAGGUCUCCGCCGCCGCGGCAGCCGCCGCGCCCGCCGGCACGGGGCUCACGGGCCACUUCUUCGGGCCCGGGCUCCCCGCGUCGCCGGACGCGGCUGGCCUCCGGACGGCCUACUUCCUGCGUCCGGCCGUCGUGGCCACGGCGCGUGUCCCCGGCGGCCUCGGCGAGGCCGAGGCGCGAAGGCUUGCCGUCGAGAGGUACGCAGCUCACGUCCCCAUGCAUUGCGCGAUGGUGGUGCUGCUGACCGGGGCCGGCGCCGACGCGACCAGGCCGGAGCCGCUCCGCGAGGCGGAGGCGACGGCGCCGGAGGCGACGAGGAGGCUUGCGCCUCCUGCAAAGGAGGUCGGGCCCCUCCUCGAGACGGAUCCGCCCUGACGGGGCCUGCUAGCCGGGGCUCUGGAAUGGAGGAGGAGUAGGAGGAGGAGGGGGAGGAACACGUGGGAGGCGCAUCUCUGCAACUCUGGCGCGACGGUGGGCAACAAGCCUGCCACGCACCACUUAGCUGGUCACCACAGUAGUUCAGAAUCGACGGACAGCACAAUGCCAAUAAAUGCCGCGCGAUGUCAAUAACAGCAAAUUGACUUCUUGCUUGCACACGUCUUCGACUUCCGUCAUUCUGUGACAGGGGCGCUGAAUUACGGGAGUGGGCCUUUUCAGCCCGAUCUUCAGCAAUGCUAUGGUGCCCUGUUGUUGUGCGUCAUUGUGCGAUCCCUCCGUUCUUUACCACAGCGCCAAGCCUCCUGUCGCUGUUCACUCCAAGUGCGGCAGCGACGCCUUCCUCGCCACAUCUUGAUAGGCACAGCAUCUGUAAAUACGUGUCG